AUGGCCGGCUUCUCGUACACGAGCCACGUUGCAGUUGCACUGGUUUCGGUGCUGCUGCUGAGCCUCGCGCACGGCUCACUGGGGCUGGGGGCCAGGAGGCUCAUGGAGCUGUACAAGCCGGACCCCAGCGAGCUCCUCACGUACCACAACGGCGCCGUGCUGCAGGGCGCCAUCCCGGUCUCCGUGCUCUGGUACGGCCGCUUCACGCCCGCGCAGAAGGCCGUCGUCUCCGACUUCCUCCUCUCGCUCACCACCGCCUCGCCGGCGCCGACCCCGUCCGUCUCUCAGUGGUGGAACACCAUCCACCAGCUCUACCUCUCCAAGGCCAAGGGCGCCAACGCCAAGCGCGCGACGCAGGUGGCGCUCGCCGGGCAGGUCUCCGACGAGCGGUGCUCGCUCGGGAAGAGCCUCAAGCUGCCCCAGCUCGCGGCGCUGGCGGCGAGCGCCAAGCCCCGGAAGGGCGGGAUCGCGCUGGUGCUCACCGCGGAGGACGUGGCCGUGGAGGGCUUCUGCCGGAGCCGGUGCGGCCUGCACGGCUCCGACGCCGCGGCCCGCACCGCGUACGUGUGGGUCGGCAACUCCGCCUCGCAGUGCCCCGGGCAGUGCGCCCGGUGUACGGGCCCCAGGCGCCGGCGCUGGUGCCGCCCAGCGGCGACGUCGGGAUGGACGGCAUGGUGA